AUGGCCGCCUCCACCCUGUCCGUCUGCUCCAGCGACCUGAGCUAUGGCAGCCGCGUCUGCCUGCCUGGUUCCAGUGACUCUUGUACCAGCUCCUCCUGGCAGGUGGAUGACUGUCCAGAGAGCUGCUGUGAGCCCUCCUGCUGCGCCCCCAGCUGCUGCCAGCCCUCCUGCUGUGUCCCCAGCUGCUGCCCAUCCACCUGCUGCGCCCCCAGCUGCUGCCAGCCCUCCUGCUCCUCCUGCCAAACCCUCGUCUGCACCCCAGUGAGCUGCGUGUCCAGCCCCUGCUGCCAGGUGGCCUGUGGGCCCAGCCCCUGCCAGUCAGCCUGCGCCAGCUCCUGCCUGCCCUCCUGCUGCACCUCCUCCCCCUGCCAGCAGGCCUGCUGCACGCCCGUGUGCUGCACGCCCGUCUGCUGCAGGCCCGCGUGCUGUGUGCCCGUCUGCUCUGGGGCCGCCUCCUCGUGCUGCCAGCCCACCGCCUGCCCCUCGGCCUGCUGCAGGCCCUCCUCCUGCGUGUCCCUCAUCUGCCGCCCCGUGUGCAGACCCGCCUGCUGUGUGCCCGUCUCCUCCUGCUGUGGCCCCUCCUGCUGCCAGCCCAGCUGCUGCCGCCCGGCCUCCUGCGUGUCCCUGCUCUGCCGCCGUGCGUGCUCCCGCCCGGCCUGCUGCGUCCCUGCCUCAGCCCAGAAGUCCUGCUGCUGA